CUGUAUCACGGCGGGACAACUCGUGUAGAACCAAAAUAUUUGGUCAAAUAUUAUUAAGAUAUGAUACAUGUACCAUACCUUGCAUCAAUGGAAGCUUAUUCUUAGAGUAACAUAAAAAAAGUCACUAUGAAUUCUGGACAACAAAAGUAUGGUUUAGCAGAGUUGCUGGCCUUAAGUCAUGCAGAGUUUGACACACAGAUCAAAGAAAUGAGUUUAAAAAAUCUCCUUGACACCAUCUCUACACUUCAAAAAGAAAUGUCCAAAGAGCAAGAAAAUUUUAACUCUUUGAGUGCAGAGAUGUCAUCUCUCAAUAAGAAAUCUCAACAGUAUAAACAGAUCUCAAAAGAAGUGACAGAAUCUCAGGCUCGUCUCACAGCUUUAAUGGAUCGUAGUAUGAAGUGCUUUCAGCAGCAAGGAAACCAAAGCACUUCAACUAAGUUUCCCAAUGUAUACAGGAGAAAUUCCCUAAAGGAAACAAGUAAACCAGAAAAGCUACCAGUCAACAAACCAGUACAAAGAAAUAUGUCUGCAAGAAUUCCCAGUAAAGAAGGGGAAGUCAGUAAGUCUACACCUAACUUGAAAACUUCUACAAAUAAGCCAGUGUUUCUGAAAACUUUAACUGAUGUAAAUGCUUCAAACUUAGAAGUAAAAAAGUUCAAUGGAAUUCCUAGUAACACCUCAGAAAAGAAACCAAUGCAAGUAUUUCAAAAUGGAACUGUUCAUGAUAAUGAUCUGAAAAAGAAAACAAAUUCAAUGGACAAGAAGCAACAGUCUGUAAAAAGUACGGCAACAUUUAAUAUGCAGAAAAGCAAGUCAAAUGAGUUUCUUCAUAGCAUUUCAUCUCCUAGAAAUGAAAAGGAAAAGAGUGAUUUUGAUUCAGCAAAUAAACCAGCCCCAAAUUUCAAUGUUAUAUUGAGGAAGACUAAUAGAAGUUUAGUUGAUAAUGAAGAACAAGAGAAUAAUUUUAGGCAUUCUGUAGAUCUGGAUUUAAGAGGAUCUUCAAAAUCUCCAGUCUCAAACCUUUCAAAUAACAGUUCUGACUCAGAAACAAGAAAAAUUAAAGUCUCAUCUACACAACAACAAAAAGCAGACGGCAAGUUAGCAUUUGAAAAAAAAGAAUCCAAUACAGUUGAGUCAUUGCAAAAAGAAAUUUUGAAACAAAAACAAAAUAAUACAACAAAAAAUGUGGAAUUAAAACAGGCAAAGGAAACACAAAAUACAUCAAAAAAUGUUGAAGUAAAACAGGCGAAGGAAACACAAAAUACACCAAAAAAUGUGGAAGUCAAACAGAUGAAGGAAACACAAAACAAACCAACUGUGAAGAGUUCUGUACAGUUUCGUCCUACUACAGCAAUUGAAGCUAAAGCAGUUUCUACUGGGGAAAGACAAAAUCUACUUCAGCAAAUCCAAAACUUUAAAAGAAAGCCACAUCCUGAGGAAGAAGGAAAAACAGAUGUUAAAGAACAAGAUGGAAAAACCCAAGUACCUGAUAUUAUAAAAAGUAGCAUCAAGAAAGAUUAUCAAAGAUAAAUUAGUUUCUCAGCUAUUGAAAGAAAUACAUGUGUGUCAAGUAUAUUUUAUUCAAAAAUUUGUUAAAGAAUAUGGGUCUCACCAAUUAGCGACAAGAAGUGACAAGAAGCGUCAAGAAGCGACAAGAAGAAAACAAUUAGCGACAAGAAGAAUAAUUAAGCGACAAGAAGACAAAUUUAGCAUACAAAAAUCUUAAUAUUAAUUAUUUUACAUGAAAAUAAAUAAAUAUUGAAACAUACAUCAAAUUGUCUUUUUUUA